GCUCAGAACAGACAGGGUUUAGAGUGUAUGGAGAGCUGUGUGAACAAGCGACGACCUGGCAGGGGAACGAAGCUCACAAUGUUAUUUUCGGGGUUAUGCUGUGGAGACCGGGACGCGAGGGCCGCCCGAGGAGUGCCGGCGCGUCAGAGGGUUCUCGGUGUGGAGGGCGCAGGACGCGGCCUUCUACAUGCAGCAUUACGCCAGCAUCGUCCUGCAGGAGGUGAUAUCCGUGGACAACCAGGUGGGCGUGAACCAGCUGGUGUACGGCCCGCCCGCCCUCUCGCACCGCCGUUACCCGAAGACAGCCACCGCCCGCGACAGUAUUUUCGUGGGCGCGUCUCCCUCCCACAGCUGUCAGGUCCAAGCCGCCCGCUCUGCCGUCUAUGACUUCUUUUCGGGCGUCCUUUGGUCCCCUGGGGCGGUGGGCGGCCACGCGGGCGUCCUCUUCGCCUCGUUCAUCUCGAAGCCCAACUUGGGCCCCAAAGGAUUCCACGGCGCUGCCCAGUACCCUGCCCUCGACGGCGCUACACACAUCACCAACGUUACCUUCGUCGCCUACGCCUCCAGGAGCUGCGGGAGGGACGUGGCGCUGCUCACCAACCGCGGCUCCAACGACGCCAUCCACCCCGUGUUCGUGCGCGGCCUCUCCUUCGUGGACACGCCGCCCGAGAACUACUUGUAUUUGCACGAACCAAAUCUUGACCUCGUACGACCUGCCGACUGCGUGGACAUGGACUGCGACGGCCUGAAGAAGGUCAUAGUGCAGGAUAUGGACGGCACUCUGCUGGGCGCCGCCAACGCCACCGCCACCUCGCAGGCGGAGUUCGAGUGGGACGGCGACCCCGCGAGAGGCGUCGGCGACUACAGGAUCCCCGUCAGUCUCCGGCAGCGCGUCGACGGCUCCGAGAUCCCGGCGGAGGAGAAAUUCCCCAACAAAGGCAUCGUGAGAGACGAUUCAUGCAGCUUCGUGACGUCAUGGAGGGCGUGGCGUUGCUCGGGCCUACGUCACCGGAUGCUGGUUCUGGAGAGCCUCGACGCCGACUCGCUGGUUCGACGCCUCUCGCCCGUCGCGCUCGUCGCCAAUCCGGGCCCGAGCGGAUACGUCGACCUCGUGAACGGCCCGAUGGACCACGGAUGGUGCCUGGGCUACACCUGCCAGCGCCGCCUCUCCACCUUCUACUCCGUCGUCGCCUCCGGCCAGGUGUACGAGGUGGCCAUGACGUCACUUCCGCCGCAGGAACUCCGCCUCCACCUCCUGCACUCGGACCCCAGCGAAGUCCUCCUCCUGCGUCUCUUCUACCCGAUGACGCAGCGUUUUGACGUCUACGUCGACGGCUCCUUCGUCCCUCCCACCAACGUCGACCCGGAGACGUACCCGGGAUCUUAUCAGCUGUUGCCCGAGGAUCCCGACGACCCGGAGGCCUUCUAUCCGGCGCUGCAGGAUGCCGCAGGAUCGAACUACCUUGCGCGGGAGUCGAAGUUCCUCCACCUGGUCGUCCGCGGAGGCAACCACUCCUACGACAUCAGGACCUCGCCGGUGGUCGUCCUGUCGCUGGGGAUCCUGGUGAGCGAGGACGACUUCUACGAGGCGGAGGAGGUCGUGCGGAACGUGGCGCUGCUGCUGAACGUUGCUCCUGAGAACGUGAGGGUGACGGAGAUCGUCCGGGAGGAUUCGAGGGGCGAGGGAGUGAGGGGAGUGAGGGGGGUGGCAGGAAGAGGAGGAGGAGGAGGAACGCUUCUUCUGUUGUUAAUGUUGAGGUGGAGGUGAGCGGCGCCCCGCUGAGCUCCCUCCGGGGGGCGGGGCAGGCGAUAGGGGGAGACGCCCUGACUUAUGACGACCUGUUGAAUCGUCUCGGGGUUGUCGUCGACUGUUUCCAAAGCCUUGGGUGCGGCGC